AUGUCAACGUUCAACCUAUUCAAGUCAAAGGCACGCGAAGAUGAUGAGGACGAUCGUGGGGAGGCAAUUGAUUCCGAGACGAUAGCGGGAGGUGGCCACAGCACCGAGAUUGCGCAUCAUCGAUUGCGGGUGAGCCAGGCGCUACGAUCAUUUCUGGCACACGAGGGACUGUUGAGCAACGAGCAAGAUGAGGAGGCACUCAAUGCGCUGCUAGACCGGCCGGUUGUGUCGCCACCAGCCAGCGUGCUAGACAGGUCGCACCCGCUGCCUGAAUACUUCAUCAGUUCGAGUCACAAUACGUACUUACUGGCGCAUCAACUGUACGGAAGCUCUGCAGCAGAGGCCUACGAGACGACGUUGAAAGCGGGCGCGCGAUGCAUUGAGAUCGACGCUUGGUACGUGUUCAGGAUUUACUUCCCCGGAUCCACGCUGACAGCUCAGGGAUAA